AAUCAUCAGUAGUGGUUAUACUAUCUCUUAAUAGAUAUAUAACUUGUACUUUUAGUACAACUACCGAAAGACCCUAGUCGUAUCUUAAGUACACCACAUGAGUGAUUGUGUGAGCUAGGUACGGCGUUCAGCUAAGUGUUUCUUGACCUUUUUAACAGAUUGGCCACAAUUAACACUCCGUUUCCGGUCUUUUAGAAUAGAUAGCACUUUAUGUUUUAGACCAGUUCUGAUAAUGCUGGUGGCGUUGGCGGCCAGCCCAUUUUGUCAGAUUAAUUCAUUGUGCUACAUUUUUUUCUCUGUCUCUGCGUAUUGUGCCUUUAGUGGGUUUACACCCUGUGUGCCUUUGCUUUUUACCCCUGUGUCCACCGUCUAGAUGUGCUUAUCCUUGCAGUCUUUCUGUUUGUGCACUUUGAGUCCAUCCAUCUUGUACAAAUAGAAAUACUUGUGUUGUCUGUGGUCAGUCUCUCACACCGUCUCUAAUUCGCACUCAUCCUCGACCUUCAAAAAUUUUAUUCAUCAUCCAGUCAUCCCACAACAACAUCACAAAUGGCCCACAGGUUAAUAAUGAACGUGAUAUUCACGGGCGCCUCCGUCUUUGGCAGGGCAUUCACGGAGGCCUACAAGCAAGCCGCCAAGGUGAGCGCCUCGUCUGCUGCCAACUCAGUGGCAAAGUCUCAGAGUAUAGGAGGAAUACCAGUAGACGAAUCACUCAAAAUCCUUGAUUUGGACCGUAAGGAGUUGUCGUUGGAUAAGGUCGACGAGAAGUACAAGUACUUGUUCGAGGUUAACUCAAAGGAGAAGGGCAAUUCAUUCUACUUACAGUCCAAAGUGUACUAUGCAAUGGAUACGUUACGAAAAGAGUUGGAUUACCUUGAGCGGUUGAAGGAGGACAAGAAGAAGGGCAGUAACGACCAGGCGGCAUCAUAGGAGCACCCCAGCCGUGUUGUUCAGCUGCCCCGGAAUUCCACAACGAAAGUGCUUCAGAAUACCUUUAGCGCUCAGCUGACCCAAUAGUCUUACGACGGUCAGUCAUUACAUGUAUACCACUUGAUGGCUUACGUCGGCUGACAUUGGCUGACAUUGGAGUGUGCUUGGUGCUUGUACAUAGAAUCUAAAUAGUCCCACAAUGAAAAGUACGAUCGU